GAAUUUCUUUCGACUCCGUGCUGAAAGUGUGUGUGUGUGUGUCUGUAUGUGUGUGUGUGUGUGUGUGUGUGUGUGUGUGUGUGUUCUGGCCUAAUGAACCAUGACACCUGAAUAAAUACAGAAGAAGAAGAGGAUCAAGUGCUUCAUCACUAAAGCUCCAGAUUCUGCUCUGAAGAUCUGAAGAACAUCUCAGACUUUCAGGAGUUUUAUUUUCCGGACUGUGUGUGUGUGUGUGUGUGUGUGUGUGUGUGUGUGUGUGAGGGAUCAUGUCUCAGAGCUGUCGGUUGCUGUGCGGUUUCUUUCUGAGCUGCUCAGGAUGGAUCUGUCUCAUCAUCGCCACCUCCACUAAUGACUGGGUGAUCACCUGCAGCUUCGGCCUGCACACCUGCAUCAAGAUGGACGAGCUGGAGUCCAAAGGCUUGUGGGCCGAGUGUGUGAUCUCUACAGCGCUGUAUCACUGUGCAGCUCUCAACCAGAUCCUCACUUUACCUGCGUACAUCCAGACGUCUCGAGCACUCAUGGUGUCUGCGUCACUCCUCGGCCUGCCGUCGGUGCUGCUGGCGCUCUUGGCCACGCCCUGCGUCCGACUGGGUGACGAGAGCGACGGAACCAAACGGAAACGCGCUCUGUUCGGGGGAAUCCUCACUCUGAUCAUGUCGGUCUGUGGUUUGGUGUCGACGGUGUGGUUCCCGAUUGGAGCUCAUCAUGAAGAUGGUCUGCUGUCGUUCGGGUUCUCUCUGUACGCUGGAUGGUUGGGUUCUGCCCUCUGUUUCCUCGGGGGUUCGGUUCUGACCUGCUGCUCGGGAGGUGAUGAUGCUCCGGUUCAACGUCCCGAAAAGCGAUUCUACUACUCCAAACAGCGUGGACUCUCCGACUCGGUCCAGGCCACAAACAGUCACGCCAAGAGCGCACACGUCUGAGAGCAGAGACGUGAACUGGAGCGGACUUCAAACAGAGAGGAAUGGUUUAUCGCUCUCAUUUUCUCUCUCUCUCUCUCUCUCUCUCUCUCUCUCUCUCUCUAUCUAUCUAUCUAUCUCUCUCUCUCUCUCACACACACACACACUGAAGCAUGGGGGAUUUUCCACAGUGAGAUACGAGCAAAGCACAGCUUCUACUCAAAACAAUUUUUAUUCCAGUCUGGAUGAGAAGUUUUGUCUCAGCAUGGACCGAGAAAACGAGGCCAAGAUUAAAAACCCUCUCUGUAAUCCGUUCUCUUUGUUCUUUUUCUUUUAAGUCAUUUUCAGUAGUGCUGAAAUUUUUCUUUUAUUCCUAAUUCAUCUCAGUCUGUGCUCAAUCAUCUGCUCUGGUUAGAAAGCAUGGAAAGCAUAGAAAGAAAAAAAAUUAGUCCAUAUGACAUGCAGAAGGCAGACAGGCAGGAAGCCAGAGGUGCAGCAAGGCCAGGUGUCUUCUCCAUGUUUUUUCCUGUAAAGCUCUUCACUCCUUCCUGCUCAGGAUCCCUCAGGAAAUCUGCAGACGCAAAGCGAGGACACCUUCAAUAGCGACAGAUUGGCCAUUUUUCUUACAUCCUUCUCUCAUGUGGUUCAUUAACAAUAUUUCUGUCAUGUUUAAUUAAUCCUUUCUUUUGCUUUGUUGCUCUCGCUGGGCUUUGAACACGUAACACUAUUCAGAAAGCAGUUUAAAAAAAGGAGUUUGGAUUUUGAAUGCUGUGAACUGAUCACUGAUCUGACCUCAUGUAGUGAAGCUUCAACUUAUUAUUCAGUUAUUAUACUUAUUACACACAUUCUGUAAAAUAUCCACAUAUCCACAGGGAGGCAUUCCAUAAACUGACACUUCUCCAGAUCAUUUCAUCAUAUUUUUAUUUUAAAUAUAUCACUCUGGAUCGGAGUAGACUACACUUACACUCUGUGUGUCGAGUCAGUGAAGUUUAUGCUGAAAUAUAUUCAUGAAAUAUAAACAUUUUCAUACACAUUUGAACAGCAGAAACACUGAGAAAAAAAACAUACAAGCCAAAUAAUCAAAGAAAUAACUCGAUCUCAGCGUUGCAGGAUAUUCUGAAAAGGAAUUUUAAUGUGUUCAGGAAAUCCAGGAAUAAUAUUUCUAGACACUGAGCCUUUAAAAUAAAACACAAACUCUGCAGAA